AUGUACUCCAAAUAAAUCCCGAACACAAAUGCACCCAAAAUUACGCUCCUUUCUCCUUUUAUACCCCCGCCCGCACCUUAAAACUCCCAAACUCCAAACCCCCACCCCUACACACACCUCCUCCGCCCCUUUCCCCUCUCUCUCUCUCUCUCACUAAACAGUUAACAGUUAAAAAGUCUGUUAAUACCAUCAUCAUCUUCAGAUCUGGAAGAAGGGUGGAUUGGUUGUAAUAAAGUGUAUGGAAUGACAGAUUACCGUUUAACAACAACAACGCCAAUGAAUCUUUGGACCUCAGACGACAACGCAUCGGUCAUCGAGUCUUUCAUGAGUUCCGAUCUCCAACAACGCCUCCAAGCUUUAAUCGAAGGCGCUCGCGAGAGCUGGACCUACGCUAUCUUUUGGCAGAGCUCCUACGACUAUUCCAGCAGCGCCUCUGUUUUGGGUUGGGGUGAUGGGUACUACAAAGGCGAGGACGAUAAGUCCAAAUCCAUGGCCAAGAACAAAGCCUCGUCGUCUGCGGCCGAGCAAGAGCACCGGAAGAAAGUCCUCCGAGAACUCAAUUCUUUGAUUUCUGGGUCGGCAACCCCGGCUACUGAUGAUGCUAUUGACGAGGAGGUCACCGACACUGAAUGGUUCUUUUUGGUGUCCAUGACUCAGAGUUUCGUUAAUGGCGGUGGUCUCCCCGGUCAGGCUUUUUUCAAUUCCAGCCCGAUUUGGGUCACCGGAGCCGACCGCUUAGUGAGCUCGCCGUGCGAUCGGGCCCGCCAGGGUCAGGUUUUCGGCCUCCAAACUAUGGUUUGUAUACCCUCUGCAAAUGGGGUUGUGGAAUUGGGAUCCACGGAGGUGAUUUUUCAGAGCUCGGAUCUGAUUAAUAAAGUCAGGGUUUUGCUCAAUCUCAAUAGCCUGGAAAUGGGUUCUUGGCCAAUCAGAGCUCGGAUCUGAUGAAUAAAGUCAGGGUUUUGUUCAAUUUCAAUAGCCUGGAAAUGGGUUCUUAGCCAAUCAAAGACUAGGGUGAAAACGACCCGUCUUCGCUUUGGCUCAAUGAUCCGACAUCGACUCCGCCGGUGACGACAGCGACUGAGAUCAAAGACUCGUUGAAUAACAAUAGUGGUAGGAUUAGUGCCUUAAAUCCAUGUUAUGAAUGAUAUUAUGUACGAUGAUUUAAUGUUUUGAUUAAUAAAGUUAUUUUAUUAUUAUUUAGAA